GAGCGCAAAAGUUAAUGGGAUGUACGACGCACAUGUAAUGUGUCUAUGGAAUGAAUCAAUUCAUAUGUCGGGAAGGGGAAUUGAAAGCCGGGAAAUAAGAAGAACUACAGUAAACUUCUUUAGAAUAUUCAAAGUUUUACAUCAAUGGAUAGAUGGGUAGUAGAAGACAAGUCAUUUGUAAGAAUCUUCCAAAUUCCUAAAGGAAGAUUGUAAUAUCUCUCUCUUUUCAAUAAAUCCAACAUCGUAUUGAUUACUAUAAGUUUCACUUCUUCGAUUUUUCCUAGCUAGUACUACUACUCCUCUUGAUGCUAUGGCUACUGAGGUAGGAGUACUGUCCGGUGGAUGGCCACUGGGGCUAGAGAAUAUGAACAUAAGACUAGAAAUCGUGGACAACUUCCAAAUCAGUAGAGAGCCAUACACCUCCCAACCACGCUCAACCAGCUUUUCUUCGUUCACAUCUUCUGAGCUCGACACUGAGUCAACAAGGUCCUCCUUCCAAGAUCCCAGCGUAUCAUUAGGCCGGCUAUUAGGAAUGAAACCCAGGCAAGGAGAAGACUUUCACUUCAAAGAUUCGACUCGCCUAGAAGAAACCCAUGGGAUGUUAUCCACCGCAACCAAGAGACAUGAAAUGGAUAUGUCACAAGGGAUCUGCAUUCCGCUCUUCGUAAAUUUUCGCUUUAAGAUCAGCCCUAGUAAGAGCUGUGGAAGAGGUCAAUGAAGGUUUUGGAGCAAGACAGACUACAUCGUCUCUCUUGAUAACCUUCAAAAGUAGAACUUAUCUAGAACAAGAUUCAGAUAGUUCAAGUAUCUUUCAACUUCCAAAAGUAGCACAAGAUGUUGUAGUAAUCAACAUUACUCAAACCACUAGUUCUCAAGUUUACUUUUGCAUUCAAAACUUGUAAUAGAGACAACAAACAUUAGCGGACACUUGUAACAGAAUUCCAUGGAACAUUGAUAUUGUUCAGGUUCUUGCAAGAUAGGCCUCUUACAUCUAA